GUCUUUCCUGACUGUCUUUGAACGCACCUCUGUAGAUGUUCGUAUGCUGCACGCGGCGUGUCUCCGCGGCCAUGGUAACACACCGGACCAACACGCCGAGGAUUUUAUCCAUCAAAAGGACCAGGCGCUUUCUGGGCACAAGAAGCUAAGCUAAAUUGAAUGAACUACAAUGAACAUUGCGGAUAUUUGUGAUAAUGCCAAGAAGGGCCGUGAAUACGCUCUUCUGGGCAACUAUGACUCCUCCAUGGUAUACUAUCAAGGGGUUAUUCAGCAGAUCCAGAAGCACUGUCAGACACUUAAAGAUCCUGCUCUUAAAGUCAAAUGGCAACAGGUAAGGCAAGAACUAACUGAGGAGUGCGAACAAGUCAAAAGCAUCAUGGGAACUCUUGAGAGCUUUAGGUCAGACAAGCCGGUUGACUUUCUCACACCUCAGUCUGAGGAGAGACCUGAGGAUCCCGUUGUGUGGCCUCCUCCCACUCCAGCAGAGCACAAAAACCCUGUUCCUCUUAAACGGCCCAGCAGUGGUGUAAAGCAACAGAAGAAAGAGUCACCUGCUCUACAGCAUCGACCUGUAAACCGUGCCCAGGAUAGACCAAAAGCUGAACGACCAGGGAACAGAGAUGCCAGAACCAAGUCCAAAGAUGAUAAGGCCUUAAAGAAGGUGUCUGGAGAAGAUGUAGAGAAAAGAUUUGAUGGGACAGGAUAUGACAGUGACCUUGUUGAUUCAUUGGAGAGAGAUAUUAUAUCCCGAAAUCCCAAUGUUCACUGGGAUGACAUUGCUGACCUAGAAGAUGCUAAGAAGCUGCUGAGAGAAGCAGUGGUCCUGCCCAUGUGGAUGCCAGAUUUCUUCAAGGGCAUUCGUCGCCCGUGGAAGGGUGUAUUAAUGGUAGGCCCUCCAGGGACUGGCAAGACCAUGUUAGCCAAAGCUGUGGCAACUGAAUGUGGAACUACUUUUUUCAACGUGUCAUCCUCCACUCUCACUUCCAAAUAUCGGGGCGAAUCAGAAAAACUUGUCCGCUUGCUGUUUGAAAUGGCUCGGUUUUAUGCACCAACAACAAUCUUCAUAGAUGAAAUUGACUCAAUAUGUGGAAGAAGAGGAACUUCUGAUGAACAUGAAGCUAGUCGUAGGGUCAAAUCGGAGCUGUUAAUUCAAAUGGAUGGUGUCGGGGGAGCUAUGGAGAACGAUGACCCUUCAAAGAUGGUUAUGGUUCUGGCGGCCACAAAUUUCCCAUGGGACAUAGAUGAAGCAUUACGACGGCGGUUGGAAAAGCGUAUCUACAUCCCCCUACCCACAGCUGUGGGUAGAGUGGAACUACUGAAAAUCAACUUGAGAGAAGUGGAGUUGGCAGAUGAUGUGGAUCUGGAUCUAAUUGCUGAAAAGAUUGCUGGUUACUCUGGGGCGGAUAUUACCAACGUUUGCAGAGAUGCUUCAAUGAUGGCUAUGCGUCGCCGAAUCCAGGGACUGACCCCUGAAGAGAUCAGAGCUCUGUCCAAAGAUGAGCUGCAGAUGCCUGUGACUAUGGAGGACUUCACUCUCACACUGAAGAAAAUCUCCAAAUCCGUCUCUGCUGCUGAUCUGGAGAAGUAUGAGGCGUGGAUGGCUGAGUUUGGGUCAGUUUAAAGACAAAUAAAUGUGCAG